GGCAGACAUGGCGGAAGACUGCGACUCCGGCUGACCCUUCCCUUCAAUUUAGCGCCGCUGCUACGAUAAACACACUUUUCCUACACACAGAAGAGACAGAAUCCCCGGAUAAACUGGCAGCUCUGUGCGGUGCUCGGCUCCGCCAGGAGGACAUGGAGGGGGCGGCGGAGGGAGAAGCGGAGGAGCGCAGGAGGGAGCAGUGGAAGCUGUUGUCUAGCCUAAAGACCACAGUGGAGGGCCUCGUGUCCACCAACAACCCCAAUGUAUGGUCACGGUACGGGGGCUUGCAGCGGCUCCACAAGGACAUGAACAACAUCCUCAGCCAUGGGCUGAAGAAUGAGCAGGUGUACUACAAGCAUAGAGACUAUUGGCCGUUUGUUUGGUGUGUCCGCUACAUCAGCCCCCACCUUGCCUCCCACGUUGAACAGUUCAAUCACCUGGAGCCAGUGCUGAGCAGCGGCAGUAAGAGUGCUGGUGAAAGCUACAAAGCUGAACGUUGGCUGCUUCAUAGUUUACAGGUUCAUAUGCUCUCCGCUCAGCUCAGACCUCUGCUCAGGCAUCUGGGACAUACUCGUAAAUACUACAGUGAUGAUGCUUUCCUGCUGAGCGAACCACAUGUGACCGCUAUGUUUCAGUGUCUGGAAGCUGUGGAGCAGAAUGAUCCCAAGCUGCUGGCCCAAGUAGACACCGUUGGGCUGUCCCCUCUGAAGGGCUCACCGUGUCUGGGUCUGUUGAAGAGCCAGAGUCUGUGUUUGCUGCCAGGGGCUGGUGGGGCCUGGAGGAGCGCAGAUAUGGCUCCUAGAAGAGAAUCACUGAACCGCAGACUCGCCUCCUCUAAUUGCUCUCUGCAAGAAGCAGUCGCCACCAAUCACAAGUCUGCAGUAGCUAAAUCCUCCAACAGCGACAACACAAACACUACCUCUCUAGCCAGCACCCCGGGAGCUCCGUUGGCAUACGUGUCCAGGCCGGGGGACGGCGAGCAAGGUGUGACACCCCCUCUUGGGCUGGUGUCCAUACCCUGCAUCUCCGUAACAGAUUCCCCCUCGCCCUCUUCCCUUCACCCUGAGACUGGGGACUCUUGCGAAGGCGACUCUGAUGAUGGUCCAGAGUAUCUGGCUAUCGGUAAUCUGGGCCAACGCAGUCGCUGUGACUCCCGAAGCUCCAGCCGCAGCAGUGAGCAGGGUGAGGCCAAGGAGCAGUACCUGCAGCAGAGUUCCCAGGCCCCGAACCCGCCGAGGCGUUCAUCAUUUUCAGAAGGCCAGAGGGGGCCAGGGAAGGUGUCUCGAGGACACACCCGCUCGUUUUCAGACACAGGGGUCAAUCAGAAACUCAGGAAUGGAGGGGGCCACAGAAAAAUCACCAUAAUAAUAGAGGAUCCGGUAGCAGAAUUGGCGAAUGAAGACUGCUGUAUGAAGGACUACGGUCCUUUCUCACCUCAGCGCAGUGAUUCCACCACCUCUAGUUCUCUGUACAUGGAGUCUCAUGGGCCCCAGUACAGCGACGUCCCGGAUAGGAUGUUCAGGAAACCUUCAAAGGGGCAGAGCCUCAUCAGCUACCUGUCAGAGCAGGACUUUGGCAGCUGUGCUGACCUUGAAAAGGAAAAUGCUCAUUUUAGCAUCUCUGAGUCGCUUAUAGCAGCCAUCGAGCUGAUGAAGUACAACAUGCGGCAUCAGGAGGAAGAGUGUGAAGAGGAGGGAGACAGUGACUCCGAGAUUCAGCAGCUCAAGCAGAAGCUCCGCCUGCGGAGGCAGCAGAUCCGACGCAGCCGUCUGCCGCCCUGCGCAACUUCCCAACACAAUUUCCAUUCCACUGACAGUGGCGGCUCCAGGAGGAGUUCCCAGGACUCGUACCAGGGACUGUCCGACUCCGGCUCAGCUGAGGAGGUGGACGAGUGUGAAAUACAAGAUGGCUGUGAGGGUCAGUCCCUGCUGGCGGUGUCUCAGAGUGGCCUCUCCUUGUCACUCGCCUCCCUCUUCUCAGAUGCAGACAUAAAGCGCAGCGUUGGUUCCAGCGGCAGGUCUUUCCUCAGCUCAGAGUCGAUCUCUCCCUCCUACCUGCACUCCAACUCAGCUGAGUCGGUAGCCAUGGGUUUACUCAAACAGUUUGAGGGCAUGCAGCUUCCUGCAGCCUCUGAGCUCGACUGGCUGGUCCCAGAACAUGAUGCUCCGCAGAAGUUGCUGCCUAUUCCAGACUCUCUGCCAAUCUCUCCCGAUGACGGCGAGCACGCAGACAUCUACAAGCUGAGGAUUCGCGUUCGAGGAAACCUUGAGUGGGCGCCGCCUCGACCGCAGAUCAUCUUUAACAUUCAUCCCGCCCCCAAGAGGAAGAUAAUUGUGGCGAAGCAGAACUACCGCUGCGCUGGCUGUGGCACCCGCAUUGACCCAGACUACAUCAAGCGACUGCGAUACUGUGAAUACAUCGGCCGUUACUUUUGUCAGUGCUGCCACGAGAACGCCCAGGCUGUUGUUCCCGGCCGAGUGCUGAGGAAGUGGGAUUUCAGCAAAUACUAUGUCAGCAACUUUGCCCGUGACCUGCUGAGCAAGAUUGCCGGAGAUCCACUGUUCAACCCCAUUGACAUCAACAGCGGCCUGUACAAGAAGAAUAAAGCCCUGGAGUCUGUCCGGGUUUUGAGAAUGCAGCUCUUCCACAUGAAAAACCUCUUCAAAACCUGCCGCUUUGCUCAACAAGUCUUGGACCAGUUUGACUGCCUGCCCGGCCACCUGACCGAGGAUCUUCACCUCUUCUCUCUGAACGAUCUCUCUGCUGUGCGUAACGGAGAUCUGGCUCCCCGCAUGAAGGAGCUGCUUAAGCUUGGUACCCUGCACGUAGCUGGCUGUGUGCUGUGUCAGGCGAAGGGCUUUGUGUGCGAGUUCUGCAGCAACGACAAAGACAUCAUCUUCCCCUUCCAGCUCAACAAGUGUCAGCGCUGCGAAGAAUGCCACGCGUGUUACCAUCGCAGCUGCUUCCAGACGGGGAAACACUGCCCUCGAUGUCGGCGGCUGGCUGAGCGCAGGGAGAGGAUGGCGCGGAAAAACAUGGAGGAGCAAGAGGACGAGGGAGGUGGGACUUAGUGCUGGUAGCGUUGGACCCUUGAGGAAGGAGAAGAGCACAACACGACCAUGAUUGUAGACGCAGACUAUCUCGCUUUGUGUUCCGGUCCUCUCAGACCACGGGGGUGGUGACCACCGCCAAAACCCUGUUUUUGAUCCAGAUGUGCAGGUUUUUCAUCAUUUGUCAAGAGGAACACGGCUACUGUUGAUUUUUCAGAUCAAUAUUUUGCAUUUGCCUCUUUCGGAUAUGCACUUUACGUUUUUGAAUUCCUCCUGCUUGAAAAGUAGAUUGAAUAUUUCUGAAAAAUCAAACGUCAUCUUCCCGUCAUGAUGCAGAUGUUAUCUCAAUAGAUUUUUCUCUAAAAGUAUGAAUGCAUUUCUUAAUUAUAUUUUGAGCGUAAAACCUAAAUAUCACAUUGUGUGACUUCCUAUGUCCCCC